UGUCUAGACGUCUACGUACGCUGUAGUAUCGGUAGUAGUAUCAUGCAUGCAGCAGGACCAGACAACAGCAGGACCAGACAAGUGAGAAUAAACUGUGUGUGUGCUAAGUUUGAAGUCUACCGCAUCUGGUUCGACUGACUUUGUAGUUCCACCAUGCCGAAGAAAAAGACCGGAGCUAGGAGAAAGGCAGAGAAGCAGAAAGAGCGACAGCGUGAAAUAAGACUGGCUGGAGAGAAUCGGCAGAUCGUUCAGUGGGCAUGUAAUUAUACAAUGGAGUGUGACAAAUGCAAAAGGAGACAAAAGAACAGAGCAUUUUGCUACUUUUGUGGCUCGGUGCAGAAGCUACCAGUCUGUGGUCAUUGUGGGAAACUAAAAUGCAUGCAGAAAAGUGGAGAUUGUGUGGUGAAGCAUCCUGGACAGUACACUACAGGUAUGAGCAUGGUGGGAGCCAUAUGUGACUUUUGUGAAGCCUUCAUCUGUCAUGGCAGGAAGUGUUUGACAACUCAUGCGUGUGAGUGUCCUCUCAUGGAUCUGGAAUGUAAGGAGUGCCAACGAGGAGUAUGGGAUCAUGGUGGCCGUGUGUUCAUGUGCUCUUUUUGUAAUAGUGCAUUAUGUGAAGAUGACCAGUUUGAGCAUCAAGCCAUGUGCCAACAGCUGGAGUCAGAAUCGUUCAAAUGUGCUUCGUGUAACAGGUUAGGACAGUAUUCCUGUCUCAGAUGUAAGAUUUGUUAUUGCGAUGAUCACGUCAGACGGAAAGGAUUCAAGUACAAUAGAGAUGACGCAAUGCCGUGCCCAAAGUGUGGCUUUGAUACCAAAGAAACCAAGGAUCUUAGCAUGUCAACAAGGAAAGUUGACUUUGGUCGUCAUGCCAACGAUGGAGAAGAGAGAAGUUACGGCUUUGGGUACACCAAUGAUGAUGAUGAUGGUGAAUAUGCCAGCAAUGACUGUGGUUUCUAUGGAGGAGGAGCAGCCGGAGGAUCGUACUACGACGAUGAUGACGACGACGAUGAAGAAGAUGAAGAUGAAGAAGAAGAUGAAGGUGGAAUUGCUACCCAUCUUGCUUCUCUAGAUAUAGGAACCACCUAUGCCUCGGCAAAGGGCAGUGACUUCACUUAAGGUAUUACAACAAAUAGCAUUUGGGUUUCGAUGGUCAAGACUAUGAUGGAAUUUAUGUUUGAGUAAGAAACUAGCCGUUAAUUUCACCAAACUCUUCCUAACUUAGGAUUAAUCUUAGGACUUAGGACGUGUCCAAAGUUGUAGGACGCAUUG